AUGGUGAGAGAGAGGACAGAAGUAGGGACCAGUGACAACGAACUUGUCGCUGCUGAUGCGGCUGCUACCGAUUCAGAUAUGGUGGCCUUUUCCACAGAGGUUGAAGGUUCUAAUGAUAUGGACCGUUCUACAGCCCGUUCUACAGAGCCUUCUACAGAGCCUUUUUCAGACCCUUCUUUAGACACCUCAAACACUACAAACCCAAACAACACAACCACAACCACCUCCGAUAGCCAAGACCACCCCGACUCCGACUCCGAUUCAAGUUACCUUUUAAGUGAUACCGAAGAAAGACUCACAUACAACGCCGUUCCCGAUACUCAAUACCUCACUUCCACCCUUUCCCAUGGCCUUGAUUCCAUGGAACUCGACAAAUCCCUUGUUCUCCAGACCAAACUAUCCGGAUACCUCAACAAUGAAAACCAGAAGAUCAAUGAAAAGCGUCAAUUGGUGAUACAAAAACUCCAAUCCCUCAAAUCCCUACAUCUGGCCAACUUCAAGCCCAAUGGUGGUGUUUCCAAGGUCGAACAGUUGACUAACGACAUCAAGGACAUAGAACUGCGGAUCCGUAACAUUAAACAUGGUAACACGACGUUGUUGGGGUUAUUUCGAAGCCAAUCUGGAUUGGUGAAUAAAUAUCCCGUAGAAUACAAUCAGGCGAGAGAUAAAGUUUUAGAGAGACCAUGGGAUCAGUGA